AUGGAAACGGGGACGAAACAAACCUAUGUGAUCGAGCCAUAUGUGAUCGAGCCAUAUGUGAUCGAGCCAGAUGUGAUCGAGCCAGAUGGGAUCGAGCCAGAUGUGAUCGAGCCAGAUGGGAUCGAGCCAGAUGUGAUCGAGCCAGACGUGAUCGAGCCAGACGGGAUCGAGCCAGAUGUGAUCGAGCCAGAUGUGAUCGAGCCAGAUAGAAUCGAGCCAGAUGGGAUCGAGCCAGAUGUGAUCGAGCCAGAUAGGAUCGAGCCAGAUGUGAUCGAGCCAGACGUGAUCGAGCCAGAUAGAAUCGAGCCAGAUGGGAUCGAGCCAGAUGUGAUCGAGCCAGAUAGGAUCGAGCCAGAUGUGAUCGAGCCAGACGUGAUCGAGCCAGAUAGAAUCGAGCCAGAUAGGAUCGAGCCAGAUAGAAUCGAGCCAGAUGUGAUCGAGCCAGAUGCUUCGGCAAACCCCCAAAAAUGUGGAAUAGCAGGUGUGAGGUAG